UAAUAAAAAGAGAAAGUGUUAUUCCUUAAAACCCUAAACCCUUAUUCGCAUUCCCUUUGACAAAUUUGGGCAUGGGCACCGCAACAGAGAGCGACAGCAUGGACUCCGAAUCGACACAAGAGGAGAGUUUCACAAAGGUUUCAGUAUGGGAUUUGCCGGACCUGCCAAAGGGGAAGUUACCUCCUCACAUUGAGCUUCAGAGGACUCGCGUUCUUUGUGGUUCUUUAGCUCCUACAAAUACAACGAAUGUAAACUACUCAGGUGCCUAUGCGUCUAUGGGCGUUGAUAACAGUGUGCGCUUUGAACAAUUCCGCAACAAUUUCAAAGUGGAAAUUGUGAGACUUGAGGAGGAUGAAUUGGAGUUUGACAUGAUUGGUAUUGAUCCUUCUCUUGCCAACGCCUUUCGCAGAAUCCUCAUUGCAGAGCUCCCAACCAUGGCUAUUGAAAAAGUUCUUAUUGCAAAUAAUACAUCCAUUAUCCAAGAUGAAGUGCUCGCUCAUAGACUUGGUCUCAUCCCAAUUAAAGUCGAUCCAAGGCUGUUUGAGUAUAUGUCAGAAAAUGAUGUCCCUAAUGAAAAGAAUACAGUUGUUUUCAAACUCCAUGCUCGUUGUAAAAAAGGCACUGAUCGACGUAGAGUCUUGUCCAGUGAGCUGAAGUGGUUACCCAAUGGCAGUGAAUUGAUACUACCAACAGAAAGUCUAGCAUCAAGUUCGAGUACGAAACCAAAAACUUAUACUUCAUUCAGCUGUAGUCAGGAUACUCGACCAGAAUUCUCGAAUGGCCCAAUUGCUCCAAACGAUGCAGAUAUUAUUAUAGCCAAACUUGGACCUGGUCAGGAAAUCGAGCUAGAAGCGCAUGCUGUUAAAGGCAUGGGUAAGACGCAUGCAAAGUGGUCUCCUGUGGCUACGGCUUGGUACAGGAUGCUUCCUGAGGUUGUAUUAUUGCGAGAUAUUGAAGAUGAUGAAGCAGAAGCACUUGUGAAGAAGUGUCCGGUUCAGGUGUUUGACAUCGAAGAUAUUGGUAAAGGUAAAAAGAGGGCAACUGUUGCACGACCAAGGGUUUGCACACUUUGUAGGCAAUGCAUCAGAGAGGAAGGUUGGGACAAGAAUGUAGCACUGAGACGUGUCAAUGACCAUUUCAUCUUUACCAUAGAGUCAACUGGAGCAUUGCCACCUGAGGUGCUGUUCACUGAAGCUGUAAAGAUUUUGGAAGAAAAAUGUGAACGGGUGAUAACGGAGCUGUCAUGAUCAGUUCUUAAGGGUAUUUGGAUAUGUAAUCCUUUCCAGAAAGCCAAGGCAAGAGUUCAGCUUCGUUUCUUAUGUGUCUCAUAGAUCAUUGUGGUCCGCCCCCCUGCGCAUAGCGGGAGCUUUAGUUCAUAUUUCCAAAGUUUUAUUUGUCAAUUGUCUUCGGACACAUUAUAGACGGGAAUAUGAAUCAUGAAUGUAUUCCUGACUGCUGUCUUUGGAAACACAAGUACAUGACAUGUUAAUUUAAGUAUUUAAUUUAUAGAGGAUGUGAGAUAAAAAUUAACAGGUUUAA